GACAAAUUCGCGGGACGAGUUGGCGGCGGGAUCGCGGAGGAAGGCGGAGGGCGCGAUGGCUCCGUCACCGACCAAGCGCAAAGAACACGGGCAAGAGAAGUCCAAAGACAGGACGAAGGAGAAGUCCAGCGUCAAGGAGUCGAGUGAGAAGGAUCGGGGGCGCGACAAGAGCCGUAAGAGGAGGAGCGCCUCAACGGGGAGCAGCAGUACCAGUUCCAGCUCCAGUUCGGGAUCCAGUUCUACCUCUGCCUCCAGCAGUGGAUCGAGCUCCUCAUCUGCCUCCAGUCGUUCCGGAAGUUCCAGCAGUUCCCGUAGUUCUAGUUCCAGCAGUUCCUCGGGAUCUCCAAGUCCCUCCCGGCGCCGGCACACCAACAGGAGGCGCACGCGGUCAAAAUCGAAAUCUCCAAAGCGGGACGACAAGGAGAGGAAGAAGCGAAGUCCGACCCCCCGACCCACCAAAGUGCACAUCGGCAGGUUGACCAGGAAUGUGACCAAGGAGCACAUCAUGGAGAUCUUCUCCACCUACGGGAAAAUCAAACUGAUCGACAUGCCGCUGGACCGCCUGCACCCUCACCUGUCCAAGGGCUACGCCUACGUGGAGUUUGAGAAUCCGGACGACACAGAGAAGGCGCUAAAGCACAUGGAUGGAGGUCAGAUCGACGGGCAGGAAGUUACCGCCACUGCGGUGUUGGCUCCGCGGCCCAGACCGUUGCCACGGCGAAUCACCCCACCGCGGAGGAUGCCGCCGCCCCCUCCCAUGUGGCGCAGAACCCCCCCGCGGAUGAGGAGGAGGUCCCGGUCACCCCGCAGGCGCUCUCCUGUCCGCAGGCGAUCCCGCUCGCGGUCUCCGGGGAGACGGCGCCACCGCAGCAGAUCCAGCUCCAACUCCUCGCGAUAAGGACCGAGACCUCGGGGGGCGGGGGGGGGGGGGCGUCCCGCGCUCCCCCCACACAGCUACGGACAUUCAGAGUAUAUCAAAACUUUAGCAAACUUUCCCCAUCCCUUAUUCUGUUCAGGUUGUGUUUUACUUCAGUUGUAAGUGGGGGGAGGGGGGAGGGGAGGGGCAGGUGAAUCGAUACUGUGUUUUACACGAGGUGAGUCCCGUGUUUGGUAGGAGAACGAACCGGUUUGAGUACAGGGGAGCCUUGUGUCAUAUUCAGGCAGACACAGAGUGCUCUUCAGUGCCGAUUAAACUCCCUGCGUCGGGCAUUUCAGACUGUGUUGUCGGACUGGGUUAUUCCUUCGCCGCCUGAGCCGAACCAAGUGUCACCGAGAGGACGAGGACAUUGGUGCUUAUCUGAGUGUUGCACUCUCCUGGCAAUCGACGGAGCUGGUCUGAAUCCUGCUCCGUUCCUUCACUCUGAGCUGAGAAAUGAGCUGGAAGUUGGGUUGGGAAGUGUGAUGUGUUCACGAAGGCGGGAGCUCGGUUUCUGCAGUCGCCGAGUCCUUCCAAUUUUUGUAAUGCUUUCUAGUUUGACCAUUUGCUGUAUUUGUACCAUUUUGUGUAUAAGUUCUGUAUCUCAAUAAACCGAGGAUCAUUAUACCUCA